GGUGUCGGGGAGGGAGGAGUCUGGGCUGUCAGUCCUGUCCCAAACAUUGAUCCUGAGGACCAGGAACUUUUCCCCUGGUUUCGGGAUUGAGGUGCAGGGUCUGGGCUUCAGUGGAACAGGCGAGAAGGCUGUUCAUUCACUCGCGCGACCACCAGUAAAGCCGCUCCCGAGCCCCCCGUUUCGGGGUAGCCUCCCACCCGUUUUCCCGCCUCGUUGCUGUUCCCGUCCCAGCGCCUAGCGGAAGUGACGCAUGCCGUAGCGGAAGCCCCUCCAGCCGCGGUGUUGUGCUGUAGGGAAGAGAGACGGAUUUGUAAACCCCGGAGCGAGGUUCUGCGUACCUGAGGCCGCUGCUGUGCGGAGACCCCGGGUGAAGCCACCGUCACUAUGUCUGACCAGGGAGAAAUGGACCAUAGCUUUCAUCAGGGAUACAUGAUCCUUCAAAACGGUUAAGGAGACCCCAGGAUAUUCAGACUUAUGGCAGCUCAGGGCCCACAGAGAGAGCAGGAGAAGGAAGGAGCAAAGGGAAAGAGUAUGCCAAAAGAGGCAAAACCUUCAACUGAGGACUUGGGGGAUAAGAAGGAAGGAGAAUACAUUAAACUCAAAGUCAUUGGACAGGAUAGCAGUGAGAUUCACUUCAAAGUGAAAAUGACAACACAUCUCAAGAAACUCAAAGAAUCAUACUGUCAAAGACAGGGAGUUCCAAUGAAUUCACUCAGGUUUCUCUUUGAAGGUCAGAGGAUUGCUGAUAAUCACACUCCAAAAGAACUGGGAAUGGAGGAAGAAGAUGUGAUUGAAGUUUAUCAGGAACAAACGGGAGGUCAUUCAACGUUUUAGAUACUCUUUUUAUUUUUUUUUCUUUUCCCUCGAUCCUUUUUUAUUUUUAAAAAUAGUUCUUUUGUAAUGUGGUGUUCAAAACAGUUGAAAACUGGCACCCCAUCUCUUUAAAACAUCUGGUAAUUUGAAUUCUAGUGCCCAUUGUUCAUUAUUGUUUGUUUUCAUUGUGCUGAUUUUUGGUGAUCAAACCUCACCCCCCCUUCAUAUUGCUCUCUCCUUUUUAAAUAUUACAUGUGUGCACAGAGAGGCCACCUUUUUCAGGACUGUGCAUUUUCAGGCUUGUGAUAAAUAAGAUCGACCAAUGCAGGUGUUCAUAAUGACUUUCUAAUUGGCCCUGAAGUUCUAGCAUAUGAUUGCUUCACUCCUGGACUGUGACUUUCAGUGGUAGAUGGAAGUUUUUCAGAGAACUGAACUGUGGACAAAUGACCUUUCCUUAACUUGAAGCUACUUUAAAAAUCUGAGGGUCUGGACCAAAAGAAAAGGAAUAUCAUGUUGGAGUUAAGAUGACAGAUGUGGUGAGAGUGAAGACUGACUCCAAAGAUGGCUUCCCUGAAGAGAAAGCAUUUUAAGAGUAAAGAAAAAUCUUGUCAGAAGAUCCCAGAAAAGUUCUAAUUUCAUUAGCAGUUAAUAAAGUUAUUAAUGCAGAAGUGUGUACAACAGAACACUGUUCUUUUUGAUUUUAUUUGUACUUUUUGGCCUGGGAUAUGGGUUUUAAAUGGACAUUGUCUGUACCAGCUUCAUUAAAAUAAACAAAAUAUUUGUAAAAACCGUA